AUGAUGCGGAGAAAGUCGGUUCACUACGGCGACCUCAACCUCGACUCGGUCAUUUCCACCCUUAUUCAGGUUUUUUUUUAAUUCUUCAUUUUUGCCGGAAUUUUUGAGGCUUAUAUGAUCAAAAUUCUGCGUUUCUCCAUAUUUAUUAUUGUCGGAUUUUUUUGAGAAAAAGUUUGAAUAUCAAGAGAUUUUUUUCAAAAAAAUGUAUCACUUUUUUUCUGAAAUUCCAUCGGUUAUGUGAUUUAUUGAUCCAAUUUUUCGGAUUUAUUUUUCUUUCAGGUUUCGAAAAAAACCUUUCAAAAAAAUCGAGGAUUCAAAAAGAAAAUUCAAAAACCAAGUGAUCCAGAAAAAGAAAAACAAAAAAAGCUCUUUUUUUCUAUUUAUUUUAUCACAGAAAAUUGGUUACCAAAAAUUUUUUUCCUGAUAUGUACGUCAUUUUUUUCAAUUUUUUUCAUGAUGCAAAAAAAUCACUCACCAAAUUUUCAAAUAUAGGAAUAAGACUGGUGAAUUGACAAUAAGCUUAGAAUUUAUAAUUUUUUUGAGAUUCCUGAAAGUUUUAAAUUUUUUUGUUGAACUUUUUUUAUCAUCGAAAAAAAUCUCUAGACGUUUUUUUCCAUUUUUUGAACGAUAUCCAACCUUUUUAAAGAUUUUUUCCCGUUCCAAAAAUCAAAAAAAUGACCUGAGCUGGUUGAAAGCCCCAAGCGGAACAUUUCCCAAUUCUGCUUGAUUUAUGAGCUUCCCCCAUCGGAAAAAAGGUCAAAAACUCGGGGCACCAAAUGAUGCUCGGCUCCCCAAAAAAGGAAGAAGAAGACGAUCCCCGGAGGCACUCGUUGCACUUGUGUCUAAUGUAUUUUGUCAACUCCUCCUGGGACUUUCUCGCCUUCUUUUCCCCCUUCAGAAGGGGGAUUUUUCUCUUGACUAGGGAACUGUUUUUGCCUAGUUUGCGUAUUUUGCACACUUUGAAGCUCCAUAACUCGGAAACAAGAUCUAUUGCAAAAAUUGUUUUUCUUGUUCUGGAAUCAGAAGAUCCUAAAGUAUACUUCAGCAAAGUUUCAGCAAAAGAAAAAAAAAGUUUUUUUUGUGAUCCUAUAGGUCAAUAGAUGUCUGACCUCGAUCAUAUCGAAAAAGUAGAUGAUCAAUUUUCAGGUGAAGCCAUGGCAGAAGAACAUCGACGUGACCGAAAACGAGAUUCGGAUGAUUUUGCUUUUGGCUCGACAGAUUUUCCUCCACCAGCCAAUGCUUCUAGAACUUGAGCCGCCUUUGAAAAUCGCCGGUUAGUAUGAAGGAAUCAUUUUCCAGUUUCGAAAAAAUGGGAUAAAAUUUUCGAUCAAAAAUGAAGCCAUUCGGUCUAGUUGAGAUUUUAAAACUUUAUUUUUUUCUGAUUUAUCCGAUUCUCAGAUUUUUAAAAGCGCUGGUGUUAUGAGAAAGGCUCAAGGCGGCCAUGAAAAUCUUGAAAGUGCGCCCGACCAGAAACGGCUUGCGCCGACAUAAACAUCGUAGGGUGUUUUCAAAAGGAAACUACGAAACUUCAGCUUUUUGUUUCAAAAAAUUAUAAGUGAUCGAGCAAGCCUGUUUCUUUGUAAACCUUCUGGCCGGAUCUGAAUCUCGGUCCUUAUCACCACCCCCGGAACUUCUAACUGACUGAGCCAUCAUUCCAGGAGACAUUCACGGACAGUACAGCGACCUUCUUCGACUCUUCAACCUCGCCGGAUAUCCUCCCGAGUCGAAUUAUCUCUUCCUCGGUGACUAUGUUGACCGAGGACCGAAAAGCAUUGAGGUGAGCAAUUUAGAAGGAGAUUUUGAGAUAGAGUUGAGAUUACUGUUCCACUUCCUGAAUAAGUGGACUGAAAUCAACGGAAAUUCAAUCGAAUGCUUCUGGGCUACUGUAGUUUUCGUGAUUUGGAAUUUAUCUUUUUCUCUGCGCCCUCCUCGUCUCUUGACGACCAUCUCGUGUUGACGUGCUCUUUUCUCGUUUCUCUGACCUCGCCGGUGAGGGAACAGAGAGACGCAGACACUCGAAAAUUUUCAAGUUGCGGGAAAUGGACUAUAAUCAUCUUUGAUGAACUUUUUUCAAACUUCCUUGUUAGUUUAGAAGUUUUCUUAUUUAGAAAUCACACCUGAACCAGAAUUUGAUUUAUUCUCUCUAUUUUUCUGAAUAAAGCGCCUAUCGAAGAGCCUCAAAGCUCGCAGAACGCUCCAAAAAAGAUGAUCUCGAAAUCGGAUCCACGGAAUCUCCUCAAAGUACCUCUGACAAGUCUUCUCCUUCACUAAACCGGCUUCUUCGGACAUCCUUUUUCCGCUCUCUUCACGCAUUGUGUGCGCAGACGAUCAGCCGCCGUGAAUCAUACCGUAAUCCGUCCAGCUUUUGCGGCUUUUCCCGUCGAUUUGCCACCCGCCGAGUCGCGCAACGGGAACGGCCUCCGAUUUCUCAUGUUUUCAAGUGUUUUGCCCGUAACGGGGACCGUUUCAAAUUUUCCUAUUUUUGCCUAAAAAGCUGGGUUUUCAAAAACGUGAUUCAAAAAUGAAAAAUAAAGUAUUCUACAUCUCAAUACUCUUUUAUCCUAAAACUCAGGAGCCCAUCCCAUCGAAAAAAUUUAGCGGUAAAGUUUCAUAAAUUCACCAGAAACAGUGAUAUGAGUGAAAAAAGCGAGCAACUUGGAAAAAAAAAUUGAAGAAGUUCUAAAAGGCUUUUUUGAAACAAAAAGUGAUAAGAAUUCUUGAAAUCUGGUUUAUUUUUCAAAUUUGAAUUUCGAAAAUACGAUUUGGAGGCCGAAGAACUGUAUAAAGGACAUUUUUUUCGGCUGGAAAAUUUAUUAAAAAAAUGAUACGCAAUUUUUUUCUGUUUGAAUUUACCACUGGAAAUUGAAAAUUAGGAACCUAAAUCAAAUUUUUGAUUUUUUUAAAGGAUUUUUUUCUUGUUUCAAGGAAAAAAAUUUUCGAAAAAAACUUAUCCAAAUAGUUUUUUUGACCAUUCAAAGUUCAAGACGGUCAGUACAAAAAAAUUUUUUUCUUCUGAAAAAAAUUCAAAUUGUUGUUUUAUCGAUUUUUUUCUAGUCAUCAUUCGAAAAAAAUUAGGACAUUUUUUUGCCGGAAAUUUUCCCUGAAAAAUAAGAGAAGAAUCGAAAAAUUUUUCCAAGAUUCCAUAAUCAUCUGUACAAUUUUUGAAACCAGCUUAAUAAUAUAUAAGGUUUUCUAUUUUUUAUAUCUUGAUUCAGUGCCAAAGUCCCAACGAUUCUGAUCCGAAAAAUCUUCUCAAAAAUUGAAAACAAGCGUUAAAAACUGCUGAAUUUACAGACGAUCGUCCUGCUUCUCUGCUACAAGAUCAAGUAUCCCAACAACUUUUUCCUGCUCCGCGGAAAUCACGAAGUCGCCAAUUUGAACCGAAUCUAUGGGUUUUACGACGAAUGUGAGUCCAUCGGGAAACCACGCGUUUUGAUAGAAAAGGUGCUAAAAUGACGAAUGAUAGGAAAGUUGGGAAUUUUCCCGGACAGAAUGUGAUUCGGGGCUGAAAUUUUGUUGCUUUGAAAGGACAAUUUUUGAGAAUUUUUAGGUUAACAGGGUUUGGUUCAAUGGUCAUUUUUUAUAGCUUGGAGGGGUUGAGGAACCUUUCCAAAGCGAAAAAUUUGAAAUUAGAUAAUCUUUAAAACUGUAUCUUCAAGAAAAAAAAAUCAAAAAAGAAAUUAGAGAAAGUAAAUUUCUUUACGGCGUCUGAAGCUAUGGAAAAAAAUCAAAGAAAGCUCGAAAUUUUCCAGGCAAACGACGAUACAGCGUGAAGCUGUGGAAGUGCUUCCAGGACGUGUUCAACUGCAUGCCCGUGGCGGCCCUCAUCGACAACAAGAUCUUCUGUUGCCACGGCGGCCUUUCUCCGACUCUCCGCACCCUCGACCAGCUCAAACGCAUUAAUCGACCUUGCGACGUCCAGGAAACUGGUUAGUUUUCUCGAAAAAAAUGAGUUUCACAUUUACGGUCCGAGCCAUCGAAAAAAGGGUCCUGACACGAUAAAAAAAACAGUGUAUUGUUGGUGGAGAGCGCAGACAAGUCACACGAAUAAGUUAUACGAUUCUUUUGUGUUUCCGUCAAUUUUUAAAACGCCAUUUAGUGAGUUCCAAGCAGUAGAUCCUUUUCCAAAACACAGCAAAAAGAAAGCUACCGUAACCUUCAAUUAAUGAUUAGAUAUUAGGUCUGAAGAGUAAAAAUAAAUCUUUCCAGGACUACUUUGCGACCUUCUCUGGUCCGAUCCAGACGCUUCGGUGGUUGGCUGGGCGCCAAACGAACGUGGCGUCAGCUACGUCUUCGGCGUCGACGUCCUCGUCCAGUUCCUUCAGAAGAUGGACCUCGACAUCGUCGUCAGGGGACAUCAGGUACGACUUUCUCCAGCCAGAAUUUAAGAAGAUGUCUUCGAAAAUGUUUCUAAUAGGGGCUGAGUAGAAAUAGUUCAUAAAGUGAGCUCUUAAAGUCAGAAAAAUCGAGAUUUUGUUACUGUUUUUGUAGGACUUGGUUGAGUUUUUAUUUUUUAAAUUAGGUGUCAAAAGAUUCAUAAAAUUAUGAAUUCUCUCUUCACGAAUCGAGCUGAUUUUGGUACCAUUCCAUACGUCGUGAAAUUUUGGGUCGAAUGGUACUUUCAAUAGUCGAAUAGGACCAGGUAGAAGCUUUUAUCGCUUUUUCGAAGAAAUCAAUCACUUUUUUGAAAAGGUCCUUCCUGAUAAGGUUAGUCUGAAAAGCGAAGAAUUUGAAAGGCCUUCCUCCAAAACUAUUUUCUGUUCAUUUUCUGAAUCUCAAUGCAAGGCUUCCUUCUCAGGUGGUAGAAGACGGAUACGAAUUCUUCGGUCGCCGAGGCCUCGUCACGGUUUUCUCGGCUCCCAACUACUGCGGCGAGUUCGACAACGCCGGCGCCGUCAUGAACGUCGACGAGAACCUUCUUUGCUCCUUCCAGGUCCUUUUUCAGUUUUAUUGAUUCUAUUGUAAAAAAAGAUAAGAAGGGCUAUUUUUUUAGAGCUUUUCUCUGCUUUCCAAGUACUCGAAAUACUAAAAAGUUUCAUGGACCAUAUUUUCUGUAUUUCCUUAUCUUAUAACUUUGAAAGUCCUUGAAGCGAGAUUUCGAUAGAAUAAUUUGCGAAAAAAUUGUAUUCUAAUGAUAUUUGAUUUUUUUUUUCCGGAAUUAUUUUUUGAAUUUUCUUCAUCAGUAUUUUCACAGCUAUUGAAGCUGUCUUUCAAGGAUUUUAUAAUUUUUCGCCCCGAAAAAUACCGAUUUUUCUCAGAUUUGAAGAAUGAAAUUCGGAAAAACAGGAAAAAAGGAAGACCAAAUAGGACUUUUUUAUUGUUUUUUUCAACCUAAAAGACACUUUUUUUUUGUUCAAACUCCAAAAAACUGUUCAGUUGUAGAUUAUCAAGCCGCAGCAACAGCACGAACCCUCGACGACCACGGAAAAGCAGCAGAACUUCGCCAACGGCCUCGCCAACCUCGUCAACAUCAAAAUCGUCGAACAGAAACAGCCCCAGAAGCGGUUCCGACGUGGCAUGUUGUGA